UUGUCAUCCAUCCCUUUACCCCCUCCUCAUAAUCUUCACGCACGCAAACCGCCUUCUUUCCGCCCCUCCCGCUCCGUCCCCGUGCCCUCCUCUCCCCUCCCUUCCGACCCACCUCCAUCCCGCCAUGGGCAAUUGCUUCAACAAGGAAGAAACUCCCAGCACUUCCAACGAUCCCAGCCCUUCCACCACCGAUGGCGCCUCCAACCCUGCCUCCGUCGUCCCUGUCUCCCCCUCCCCUCCGCCCGCCAAGACCGGCCCCAUCGGCCCGGUGCUCGGUCGCCCCAUGGAAGACAUCCGGACCAUGUACACCAUCGGGAAGGAGCUCGGGCGGGGCCAGUUCGGCGUGACGCACCGCUGCACCCACAAGGCCACCGGUGAGGAGCUUGCCUGCAAGACCAUCGCCAAGCGGAAGCUCCGGACCAAGGAGGACAUCGAGGACGUGAGGAGGGAGGUGCAGAUCAUGUACCACCUGUCGGGACAGCCCAACAUCGUCGAUCUGAAGGGGGCUUACGAGGACAAGCACUCGGUGCACCUCGUCAUGGAGCUGUGCGCCGGAGGGGAGCUAUUUGAUCGGAUCAUCACGAGGGGACACUACACGGAGCGGGCGGCCGCGGCGCUGCUGCGGACGAUCGUGCAGGUAGUCCACACGUGCCAUUCCCUGGGGGUGAUUCAUAGAGACCUCAAGCCAGAGAACUUUCUGUUGUUGAACGAGGACGAGGAUGCGCCGCUCAAGGCUACGGACUUUGGACUCUCCGUCUUCUUCAAGGAAGGUGAAGUGUUCAAAGAUAUUGUUGGCAGCGCAUAUUACAUUGCACCUGAAGUCCUCAAAAAGAAAUAUGGACCAGAAGCAGACAUUUGGAGCACUGGGGUUAUGCUGUAUAUUCUUCUAUGUGGCGGGCCCCCCUUUUGGGCUGAAUCAGAACAUGGGAUCUUUGAAGCUAUUCUACGAGGACAGAUUGAUUUCACAAGUGAUCCAUGGCCCAAUAUCUCACCUGGUGCCAAGGAUCUAGUGAGAAAGAUGCUAAAUUUGGAUCCCACAGAGAGGCUAACAGCAUUCCAAGUUCUUAACCAUCCUUGGAUCAAAGAAGAUGGAGAAGCACCUGAUACACCACUUGACAGUGCUGUUUUCAACAGGCUUAAGCAUUUUAGAGCAAUGAACCAGUUCAAGAAAGCUGCUCUGAAGAUAAUAGCAGGGUGCUUAUCAGAGGAAGAGAUCAAAGGGUUAAAAGAGAUGUUCAAGAACAUGGACUCGGACAAUAGUGGAACCAUCACUGUCGAAGAGUUGAAAGAAGGUCUUACGAAGCAAGGAACAAAAUUAUCUGAAGACGAAGUCAAACAGUUACUGGAAGCAGCUGAUGCAGAUGGCAAUGGAACUAUUGACUAUGAUGAAUUUAUUACAGCCACAGUGCACAUGAACAGGAUGGAUAGAGAGGAGCACCUCUACAAGGCAUUCCAGUACUUCGAUAAAGAUAAUAGCGGUUACAUCACAAGGGAGGAACUUGAACAAGCUCUCAAAGAGAAGGGAAUGUAUGACGGGCAGGAAAUUAAGGAUAUCAUCGCUGAAGCUGAUGCCGACAAUGAUGGAAGAAUCAACUACGAUGAGUUCGUGGCGAUGAUGCGAAAGGGGAACCCUGAACCCAACCCAAAGAAGAGAAGGGAUGUAUUCAUUUGACACAAAAGGGAAGGGGGAUGAAUGCUGAUGAGAGAACAUGGUACUGAUAUCCUCCAUGUCUUGGCAUUGUGGGUAAAGUGUUUGAAAGCACAUCCAGAAGGGAAGCAGGCAAUCAUGAAAUGGAACAUCCAAAAUCUACCUAACGGAAGAAGCUAUUCAUGGAAUCCAUGUAGAAAUAUUGAUUGAGAUGGCGAAACCAAGGAAGUAACCAACCAUAAUUGCAGAUAUAGCCCAAAAGUGCUGGUUUUUUUCCACCUCACUUUUGUCAGGCAAAGUCAUGUUAUAUAAUGGAACUCACAGAGAAAAAAAAAGAAUGUUUCAGUAAUCUCAUUUAUCUGAACUGUAAAUGGAUCUUAUAAUGGGAAGCUCAGCUUCAAUUUAUAUCAAUCAUAACUUUAAAUUU